UGAAAUAAUUAUUUUACUGACUAUUUUUGCCAAUUGUGUGGCCUUAGCUAUCUAUAUCCCCUUUCCAGAAGAUGAUUCCAAUGCCACCAAUUCCAAUCUGGAACGAGUGGAAUAUCUCUUUCUCAUAAUUUUUACAGUGGAAGCAUUUUUAAAAGUAAUAGCAUAUGGACUUCUCUUUCACCCCAACGCUUACCUCCGCAAUGGCUGGAAUUUACUAGAUUUUAUAAUUGUGGUAGUAGGGCUUUUUAGUGCAAUUUUAGAACAAGCAACCAAAGCAGAUGGGGGGAAUUCAAUAGGAGGAAAAGGUGCCGGAUUCGAUGUUAAAGCACUGCGGGCUUUCCGAGUGUUACGUCCCUUACGGCUGGUGUCUGGAGUUCCUAGUCUCCAGGUGGUUUUAAAUUCAAUUAUCAAGGCCAUGGUCCCCUUGUUGCAUAUUGCCCUGCUGGUGCUGUUUGUCAUAAUUAUCUAUGCUAUCAUUGGACUGGAGUUAUUCAUGGGGAAGAUGCAUAAGACCUGCUACCACGUACAAGGGGGACUAAUAGAUACACCUGCAGAAGAUGAUCCCUCUCCUUGUGCUCCCCAGUCUGCACAUGGGCGGCAGUGUCAGAACGGCACCGAGUGCAAAGCAGGCUGGGAGGGACCUAAGCACGGCAUUACGAACUUUGACAAUUUUGCUUUUGCCAUGCUGACGGUGUUUCAGUGCAUCACCAUGGAGGGCUGGACAGAUGUACUGUACUGGGUCAAUGAUGCCAUAGGAAGGGACUGGCCCUGGAUCUAUUUUGUUACACUAAUCAUCAUAGGGUCAUUUUUUGUACUUAACUUGGUUCUCGGUGUACUUAGCGGGGAGUUUUCCAAAGAAAGAGAGAAGGCUAAGGCUCGUGGUGAUUUCCAGAAAUUGCGGGAAAAACAACAGCUAGAGGAGGAUUUGAAGGGAUACUUAGACUGGAUAACACAAGCAGAAGAUAUUGAUCCAGAAAAUGAAGAUGAAGGCAUGGAUGAGGAGAAGCCUCGAAACAGAAGCACCCCAGCUGGCUUGCCUGAUAAGAAGAAAGGGAAGUUUGCUUGGUUUAGUCACUCCACAGAAACCCAUGUGAGCAUGCCCACCAGUGAGACUGAGUCCGUGAACACAGACAACGUCCCUGGAGCAGAUAUUGAAGGCGAAAACUGCGGUGCUAGGCUAGCGCAUCGGAUCUCCAAAUCUAAGUUUAGCCGCUACUGGCGCCGAUGGAAUCGAUUCUGCAGAAGAAAGUGCCGAGCUGCUGUCAAGUCCAAUGUUUUCUACUGGUUGGUGAUCUUCCUUGUGUUUCUCAACACUCUUACCAUUGCCUCUGAACACUACAACCAGCCAGACUGGCUCACUGAGGUCCAAGACACUGCCAAUAAGGUGCUGCUAGCUCUUUUCACUGCAGAGAUGCUGCUGAAGAUGUAUAGCCUUGGUCUCCAGGCCUAUUUUGUGUCCCUCUUCAACCGUUUUGACUGUUUCAUUGUGUGUGGAGGAAUCCUGGAAACAAUUCUGGUUGAGACAAAGAUCAUGUCACCGCUGGGCAUUUCGGUGUUGAGAUGUGUUCGACUCCUAAGAAUAUUUAAAAUCACAAGAUAUUGGAAUUCUCUGAGUAACCUCGUGGCUUCACUCCUGAAUUCAGUCCGCUCCAUCGCCUCCCUGUUGCUGCUUCUCUUUCUCUUCAUUAUCAUCUUCUCACUCCUGGGAAUGCAGCUCUUUGGGGGCAAGUUUAACUUUGAUGAGAUGCAGACCAGAAGGAGUACAUUUGACAACUUCCCUCAGUCCCUCCUCACUGUGUUUCAGAUCCUGACUGGGGAGGACUGGAAUUCGGUGAUGUAUGAUGGGAUCAUGGCUUAUGGCGGCCCCUCUUUUCCAGGAAUGUUGGUCUGUAUUUACUUCAUCAUCCUCUUCAUCUGUGGAAAUUAUAUCCUGCUGAAUGUAUUUUUGGCCAUUGCUGUGGACAACCUUGCUGAUGCUGAAAGUUUAACAUCUGCACAGAAAGAGGAGGAAGAGGAAAAAGAAAGGAAAAAACUAGCUAGGACUGCUAGUCCCGAAAAGAAACAGGAGAUAGAAAAAGCAGCUGUGGAGGAGGAGACAAAGGAGGAGAAAAUUGAGCUGAAAUCGAUCACUGCUGAUGGAGAGUCCCCGCCUGCUACCAAGAUCAACAUAGAUGAUUAUCAGCCCAAUGAAAACGAAGAAAAGAGCCCAUAUCCCACAACAGAAGCGCCAGGAGAGGAAGAUGAGGAAGAACCUGAGAUGCCUGUUGGCCCUCGGCCUCGCCCGAUGUCGGAGCUGCAUCUCAAGGAAAAGGCUGUGCCCAUGCCUGAUGCCAGCGCAUUUUUCAUCUUCAGUCCUAACAACAGGUUUCGUGUCCACUGCCAUCGAAUCGUUAAUGAUAACAUUUUCACCAACCUGAUCCUAUUUUUCAUCUUGCUCAGCAGCAUCUCCCUGGCAGCUGAGGACCCUGUCCGACAUCUCUCCUUUAGGAACCAAAUUCUCUUUUAUUUUGAUAUAGUUUUUACUGUCAUUUUCACCAUUGAAAUUGCUCUGAAGAUGACCGCUUACGGGGCUUUCCUCCAUAAAGGCUCCUUCUGCAGGAACUAUUUCAACAUCUUAGACCUGCUGGUGGUCAGCGUUUCUCUCAUCUCCUUUGGGAUCCAGUCCAGCGCUAUCAAUGUGGUGAAGAUCCUACGUGUUCUGAGAGUGCUCAGACCACUGAGAGCCAUCAACAGAGCCAAAGGCCUAAAGCAUGUGGUCCAGUGUGUGUUUGUCGCCAUCCGAACCAUCGGAAAUAUUGUGAUUGUCACCACUUUGCUGCAGUUCAUGUUUGCCUGCAUUGGAGUUCAGUUGUUCAAGGGCAAACUGUACAGCUGCACUGAUAGCUCCAAGCAGACAGCAGCAGAAUGCAGGGGGUACUACAUUACAUACAAGGAUGGUGAGGUCAACCAGCCAAUGAUCCAGCCCCGAAGCUGGGAGAACAGCAAGUUUGACUUUGACAACGUCUUGACUGCCAUGAUGGCCCUCUUCACUGUCUCAACCUUUGAAGGCUGGCCAGAGUUGCUGUACCGGUCCAUUGAUUCCCACAUGGAGGAUGUGGGACCCAUCUAUAAUCACAGGGUUGAGAUAUCCAUCUUCUUUAUUAUCUACAUCAUCAUCAUUGCUUUCUUCAUGAUGAACAUCUUCGUUGGUUUCGUCAUCGUCACAUUUCAGGAACAAGGAGAACAAGAAUACAAGAACUGUGAGCUGGACAAAAACCAGCGCCAGUGUGUAGAAUAUGCCUUGAAGGCCCGGCCCCUGCGGAGGUACAUCCCUAAAAACCAGUACCAAUACAAAGUCUGGUAUGUGGUGAACUCCACCUAUUUUGAGUACCUGAUGUUCGUUCUGAUCCUGCUGAACACCAUCUGCCUGGCCAUGCAACACUACGGUCAGAGCUGCAUGUUCAAGGAAGCCAUGAAUAUCCUCAACAUGCUCUUCACUGGCCUCUUCACUGUUGAGAUGGUCCUGAAAUUAAUCGCCUUCAAACCCAAGGGUUACUUUAGUGAUCCUUGGAAUGUUUUUGACUUCCUCAUCGUAAUUGGCAGCAUUAUAGACGUCAUUCUCAGUGAAACUAAUCACUAUUUCUGUGAUGCAUGGAAUACAUUUGACGCCUUGAUUGUUGUGGGUAGCAUUGUUGAUAUAGCAAUCACCGAGGUGAACCCAGCUGAACAUACCCAAUGCUCUUCCUCUAUGAAUGCAGAGGAAAACUCUCGCAUCUCAAUCACCUUCUUCCGACUCUUCCGCGUGAUGCGUCUUGUGAAGCUCCUGAGCCGAGGGGAGGGCAUCCGGACUCUGCUUUGGACCUUCAUCAAGUCCUUCCAGGCUCUCCCCUAUGUGGCUCUUUUAAUAGUGAUGUUGUUCUUCAUCUACGCCGUGAUUGGGAUGCAGGUGUUUGGUAAAAUUGCGCUGAAUGAUACCACAGAAAUCAACCGCAACAACAACUUCCAGACCUUCCCCCAAGCAGUGCUGCUGCUUUUCAGGUGUGCCACAGGUGAGGCCUGGCAGGAAAUCAUGCUGGCGUGUCUCCCAGACAAAAAGUGCGAUCCGGAGUCAGAACCGGCCAACUCCACAGAAGCUGAUCACUCCUGCGGGAGCAGCUUCGCCGUCUUCUAUUUCAUCAGCUUCUACAUGCUCUGUGCCUUCCUGAUCAUCAAUCUUUUUGUAGCUGUUAUAAUGGAUAACUUUGAUUACCUGACACGGGACUGGUCCAUUUUAGGACCACACCACCUGGAUGAGUUUAAAAGGAUCUGGGCAGAGUAUGAUCCUGAAGCCAAGGGACGGAUCAAGCACUUGGAUGUGGUGACACUACUCCGGCGGAUUCAGCCACCCCUGGGCUUUGGGAAGCUCUGUCCUCAUCGAGUGGCUUGCAAACGCCUUGUCUCCAUGAAUAUGCCACUGAAUAGUGAUGGGACUGUCAUGUUCAAUGCUACUCUCUUUGCAUUGGUCAGAACAGCACUGAGGAUCAAGACAGAAGGUAACUUGGAGCAAGCCAACGAAGAGCUGAGAGCAAUAAUUAAGAAAAUCUGGAAGCGCACCAGCAUGAAGCUGCUGGACCAGGUGGUGCCCCCCGCAGGUGAUGACGAGGUGACCGUUGGGAAGUUCUACGCCACUUUCCUAAUCCAAGAGUAUUUCCGGAAGUUCAAGAAACGUAAAGAACAGGGCCUGGUGGGCAAGCCCUCCCAGCGCAACGCUCUCUCCCUGCAGUUUGCCGUUUUGCAGGCGGGUCUGCGCACGCUUCAUGACAUCGGGCCAGAGAUCCGACGAGCAAUCUCUGGAGACCUGACAGCUGAAGAGGAGCUAGAUAAGGCCAUGAAAGAAGCUGUUUCUGCUGCCUCUGAAGAUGAUAUCUUCCGGAGAGCUGGAGGCUUGUUUGGAAACCAUGUCAGCUAUUACCAAAGUGAUGGCAGGAGCACCUUCCCCCAGACAUUCACCACACAGCGACCUCUGCACAUCAAUAAGUCUGGCAACAAUCAGGGAGAUACUGAGUCUCCAUCUCAUGAAAAGCUGGUAGACUCCACUUUCACUCCCAGCAGCUACUCAUCUUCAGGCUCCAAUGCCAACAUCAACAACGCCAACAACACUGCCUUGUGCCGCUUCCCCAGCCCACCCAGCUAUCCCAGCACUGUCAGCACAGUAGAAGGCCAUGGCACCCCCUUGUCACCCACCAUACAUGUGCAGGAAGCUUCGUGGAAACUACCAUCCAAAAGGACGCAUUACUAUGAAACACUGGGACGCUCCAGUUCCAGAGACAGCCAGCUGGCAAUUGUUUGCCAAGAGGAAGUUUCUCAGGAUGAGACUUAUGAUGAAAAUUUGAAUGAAGACAUGGAGUACUGUAGUGAACCAAGCCUGAUCUCUACUGAAAUGCUUUCAUACCAGGAUGAUGAAAAUAGACAGCUUACUCCACCAGAAAACAACAAAGGAGAGGACACCAGGCACUCCCCAAAGAAAGGGUUUCUGUGCUCCUCCUCACUAGGUCGAAGAGCAUCUUUUCACUUAGAGUGUCUGAAAAGACAGAAAAACCAGGGUGUAGACGUCUCACAGAAGACAGUUCUGCCUUUGCAUCUGGUACAUCAUCAGGCAUUGGCAGUGGCAGGCCUGAGUCCCCUACUCCAGCGAAGCCAUUCCCCCACCAUGUUCUCCCGACUGUGUGCUACGCCUCCCGCGACACCCUGCAGCCGUGGCUGGCCACAACAGACCAUCCCGACUCUGCGCCUUGAUGGAGCAGAGUCCAGCGAGAAACUCAACAGCAGCUUCCCGUCAAUACACUGCAGCUCUCGGUACCCUGACAACAGUGGCUGCAGCAGCCCGAGGAGGGCCAGGCCGGUCUCCCUCACCGUCCCCAGUCAGACUGGAGGGAGCAACAGGCAGUUUCACGGCAGCGCUGGCAGCCUGGUUGAAGCGGUCUUGAUUUCGGAAGGACUGAUGCAGUUUGCUCAAGAUCCAAAGUUCAUUGAGGUCACAACCCAGGAGCUCGCAGAUGCCUGUGACAUGACGAUAGAAGAGAUGGAAAAUGCAGCAGACAACAUUCUCAAUGGUAACAGCAAGCAGAGCCCCAAUGGCAACCUCUUGCCUUUUGUUAACUGCAGGGACCCAGGGCAGGACAGUGCAGGCGAGGAAGAGGAAGAGGUGCAGAACCCGGAUUUUAGAAAAAGUCAGGAGGAGCUCAAGGACAGCAGGAUUUAUAUCAGCAGCCUGUAAUUGCCAGGGCUGGAAGCGAUGCUGGUUUUUUAUUUGUUUCAAUGUUCCUAAUGGGUUUGUUUCAGAAGUGCCUCACUGUUCUCGUGACCUGGAGUAACCGGAACAGCGUUCUUCAUUCAUUUCUGUUGGGACGAGUCGCAGAGUUGGGUGGUGUAAGAAAGCUUUUCAGGAGUGGAUAUAACCCCAGCACGUGUCCAUGAAGGAAGAGUGAGGAGGAAGAGGAGGAAGAGGAGGAGAGCCAGCUCCCUCUUUUUUUCAGUCCCUGCACAAGGAACGACGACUGCCUCUCAAGUGCAAAGGGGAACCUCAGCUUCCUGUGGAUGGCCCUAGCCAAAAGGACCCUGCGUCAAACGGGUGUCUUUCAACUUUGCUUGUAAAAAUCAUUUUGCACAUAUUCUGUAUGAGCCUCACCAUCUCCAUAAAGCCAAGGCCCUUUGAUUCGGAGGGAGAGGAGGACUUCUUCUGCUGUGGAUUCCAGUACCACGACGGGGAGGAGGAAGCAGAAGAAGCCCAAGGGCACCCGAGGGGCAGGUGGCAGCGCUGCCGAACCCUGCCGAGCCAACCUGCAGAGACUCCCAGGCAGCGGUCUCUGCUGACCAAUCAGAGCUCAGGCAGUCACUCCUGCCAGCCAAUCUGAGCUCAGGCAGCCACUUGCCAGCCAAUCCAAGCUCAGCCAGCCAGCCGUGCCAGCCGGUGGGAGAGUGGGGAGCAGGCUCUGUGGCGGGGCUGAGCCGACCUGCCCUGUACUUGCUGAGGUGAUGAUGGGCUUGUGUAGAUCUCUCCUUGUUUUGCGGUUUGAUAUUUUCUUGAAAGCAUGUUGCAGUUUUUAUUUUGACUAUUUUAUUAUUAUUUUUGGAGGGAGAAGGGAGUGUUUACAAAGUUUUGUAAUCACCUACCUUUUUGUUUUGGUUUAUUUUCACCUUUGCAAAUGUUAAAUUGGUUUGAUCAUGUUGUAUUAUUUAAACUGGGUUUUUUUCUCCAUUGAAAUUUGGUAGAAGUACAAUGAUAGACGAGUUUUACCAAACAUUAUGUACACCAAGAAUUUGUAAUUUUAUUUGCUAGUAAUUGAAACCUCCUUUUUUUGUUGUUGUUUUAUAAUUUAAAGAUAGUAGGCAAUGCACUUGAUAUAGUCUUGCACAUUUGAGUGAUUGAUUUGGGUUCUUUUUAGUGCUAAGUAUACCUGUGAGCGUGGGAGCAAUACCGAGCGAGUGUGCGCGUGCGCGUGUGUGUGUAAGUGCACGCAGUUCUCUGCAUCCUGGUUUGAACUGCAGGAUAUCUGUACCUGGGGCCAUUUGAAUGCAAAAACAAACCACUGUCUCUGCUUUUGAAAGGGGAAUCAGUAACUCUUUGCAUUUUCUGUUCCACAAGAUAUGCAAAAACAAUGCAAUAAUAUUAAUUUUAAAAUACAAUUGUAAGUUGUGCUGGCAUUAAAACUGUAUAGAAAAAAAAUUAUGGGGGUGGGGGAAAACAAAAAACAGAAGGCGUUACGCUUCGAUAUAUUCCGUGUGAUGUUUUAUUGCAUUGAUAAUGUUUCUGUUGAAGAAACCGUUAUACUUGAAUUCAGGUCAGUUUCAGUAUUUUUCAAAUAUUUUUUUAAAAUGAAUUGCAAUUGUGCCAAGCGAAUAUAAUGAAUCGAAUUAAGUUUGUUUAAAAGAAAAAGAAAAAAAGAAUCACUACUUGUAUAUUUUGCUGCAUGUCAAGUGAAUCAUUUCGUAUUUGGAAUGUGCCAAGCUUUACCUUUGAACUUUUAAGUGCUUUUCUACGUGUGGUUGGGGAAAGGGGUACUGUUUGUUUGUUUGUUUCUUUUUUAAUUUGUACAAUGAACAAAGUGUAUCUGGUGUAAGUAACUAUUCUGCAGUCCACUGACAGGUUGAACGUUACUGAUUUUGCAUAUCUUGUGUUCAUUUUCCUUUUUCCUCACUCCCUUUAAACAUGCACGAUGACUUUACUGGUAUAGAAUCUUUCUUCCUGAGACUGGGACAUUUUAUUCAGGCUUUGUUCUCUUCCCUUUUGCUCAGUUUCUCUAAAAGUCUCUUCCCGCUAGAGGGUGGCAAGACCCCCAAACCAAUUUGGCAGAUCCAUUCUCGGUAUUCAGCUGGCACCAGCAAUUCAAGGAGCGGGGAAGAAUUCUGCUUUCAAAUCUCUUGUAUUAAAUAGCUAACCCUGAUCAAUAAUAAUAGGAUCCUGGGAUGAGCAAAUGGAAGAGGCAGAAUGGUCAGCAAAGUAGAAUUACCUGACUCUGGCCUGGACUGCGAGCCCGGGGUGAGUAAGGGAAGGAGCUCUGCAUAGCUGCUUUGGAAAAUUGCAGUCUUGCAGGUCAAGAUGCAGAUGUUAAGUGAUUUAAUCCAUACUUUGGUGUUCCUAUGCAGGGUCUCUUCCCUCUUCCCAGGCCUCAGUGGGUCAGAUUGUGAGUCUAAGUCACAAACCACCUAAUGGCACAGCGUAUCCCAGCCAUGUUUUCCUACUUGUGAAUGUGAACCUCUCUUGAUUUUCCUCACACUGGUCAGUGGCCCUAGCCAGUGAAAGAGGCUGAAAAAACAGGGAGGUAUUGUAGAUUUUAUGCAACUGAUUUUUGUUUAGACUACUGCUGUUUUUUCUCCCUUUUCAAGAGAUGGUUCACAAACUCAUAGAUCAGUGCUGAGUUUGGAGGUGUGAUCUGACUCAGAACUAAACUUUCAUUCAAAUUUUGAACUUUUGCAGAUGUUUGAGAACAUCAUUUAUUUUAUUUUUGUAAUUCCCUUGUUUUAUUUCCUGAUUCUGCUGGGGCCCUAAAGCAAAAAUAGCAAAGAGUAUUUUUGACAGUGAACUUUUUUCAGUGUAAUUAUGCACUGGCCCAUAGCAGCUCAAGACAGCUUGCAAACAAAGCCUUUUAAACCAGAGAUAUGUGAAUCCACUUAACCAACCAUCUGACCUCAAAGUCCUGAUUCAAGACCUCCCUGGAGAAAGUUACCCCCUGUCAUCAGUCACUCCCCUUCUUUCCGUCUGCUGUGCCUGUCCUGAGAUGAGUGUGCAAGCGCUUGUCCCUUUGGGAGUUUGCUCUUGCUAGCGCUGAAGUGCUCCGAGGCUACUUGAAAGGAAAUAGUGCUGUGCCUGGCAGGCUGUUUCUGAAACCGAAGUCAGUUUAAGGGUUCCCUCUCUCAUACUCUCACUAGAAAGUUCCUCUGACCCUCCCAGUAGGAGACGGAGGUGUUCUCUCGAGAAGCAAAGUACUGAUCUAGAUUAGUGGAAGCAAUGGGAGUUUUGGGUGCUUAAUGUUGCAUGUCACCUUUUAGGAUUUUUCCUGAUGGAAAGGAAGAUGGUGAAAAAGAUUAUGCCCCUUAUAUUCCCUGUGAAAACUGUGACUCCCUCAGGGGUCAGAGCCUACAACAGGCAGGGAAAUCCCUGCUCUCUGCUAAAAGCUCUCAUAGGUCCUGCUGAGUGAAAAACACGUGGCUAGCAGAGGAUGCAGAUGAACGUCACAGUUUGAGGAGCAGGAGCUAAAUUUAGCGAUUGCUGAUGCCAGCUGUGCAAAUUUCUCUUUCUGGGGAGGGUAGCUUUUCUUUUUUUAAUUUGAGGUACUUCCAAUGUGCACAUUGUGACAGGCCUGAGCAAAGAGCUACUGCCUCCUUUAGGUGAGGUAGUGUCUAGGGGACGGUGGGAAGGUGGGGGCAGGUUUAGUCCCUGGAGUGUCCUUCCUUCCCCUGUGUAGGGGAGCGGAUGGUGGGUACAAUCACUGUGCUGUGGAUGGAAACUUUAAAGGAACUGAUGACUGAGGAGUGGCGUGUAAGGAAGAGAAGAAUGGGGAGAACAAUCUGCUCUUUGUCGCCGAGCAUCUCCGACUUGCUAAGAGUACACUGCAGACAAAAGACAUUUCUUAUAAAACCACAAACCUCCUCCCUUUAUCACUCCUGCUCAUUACUCCAGGCAGUACUGGGCCAGCCACACCAGGUGCAUUUCUUUUUUCUUCCUUGUUCUGUGUGGCUGAUGUGACAGGGAAAAAAGUGGAACUCAUGAUCCAGAGCUGGAGUUUCGUUAUCCACAGACCUUUCUGCAUCAUCUGCCUCUUCAGCUGGACAUAUGAAUGAUGAUGGUGUAGAUGCUGCUGCUACUGCAGGGCUCCGACCUGUUUUAUUACCCUGCCCACCGUACCCCAGCGCGGAGGGACAGCCAGAGAGGCGCCAUGUACAGAAUCAUAUCUAUUUCUGCUUUGUUUUCUGACUCAGAACCCUGCCCCCCGAUGACUAUGACAACGGUGAGAACAACAACAACAACAAAAAAAGGGCAAAUGCAUUUUUUACAUUUCUUGAUAAUUUCCAAAGCAAUGUAUCAUUGCUUUCUUUAGACUGACGCCAAUAUAACAGUUGUAUGGGUCUCAGCCAGGCUCCUGUGUCUUUUCUGCCUGAUAGUUUCAGAUUGCUGUAUGAAAUGUAUGCGUGUUUGCACACAGACACAAUCAUACUAGGUAACAGCACCACGAGCCCGUGGAGUUGUUGACCUGUACUGUAGAUAAAGUUGGAGGCCUUGCUUCUUACAUGUAGAUGAGAAACCCCAACCCAUCAGUCCAAUGAGCUGAAGUAAGGCCAUACUGAGACAGGAGUAUCCUAAGAUACAUGCACGGGUCAGUGGUGACUGUCCCAGUGCCAGGGGCAGGGUGGGGGAGAGGAACACUGAAUGGGAAAUUUGGAACACAACGAAGUUGUUAAAAUAACGAGGAUCCAGUUGGGGGCUUCUGGCUGUGGUGAGCUUUUACCAGUUCCGAUAACAAAGACUGUAGCGUGUAUAAAGAAACUAUUCAUUCUAGGCCAUCAGAAGCCCCAGCUCCCAUCUUGCUAAUGCAAGGAUAAGUUGAAAUGAAUGUGCUGGAGUCUAAAGAGAUUUUACUGAUACAAAGAAUGUGGAAAUCAGAACUAGUCCCAGAAAAAAAAUGAUUAUUUUUCCCCAUUUAUUUUCUUCAAAGACAACUAAGAAAUACAAAUUUCAAAUAAUGAAUAGCUGCAUAGGGUUUCAUUUUCUCUUCUUUCGAAUGUUGCAAAGUUAAUAAAGUCUUAUUCCGGGUUAGCAAGCCCAGGGAUCCAAAAGGUUUCCAAUGGGAUCUCAGUCCCCAGAGCUUUUGCUCUCUGUUGCUGUUUUGUUUCUGGACAGCUGAAACCCUAGGGCCUUGCUGCUAUGGCACAUGCGAUGGGAUGGGUGAGGGCAGAAGCACAGCACAGAGGUAUGUCCUGUACUGAAACAGACUGGGCUCCACUUGCUUUCAGAGAAGUCAGUAGCAUCACACUGGAAUGGAAAAAAAACCUUGUUCUGAUAAAAACUUUAGUGUUCUGGGUAAACCCCCCAUUCUUCCCCUGUCCCUUGUGGGGAAGUUGACUUAACUGUUAACACUUCAGCAUAAAAAAACAGGCCUUCUUUAGGGGCACAGGGCUUGAUCCAGUUGCCUAAAUGUAUGCAUCUGCUGCCAUUUGAGAUACCCUACAGUAUUCUGCCUGGCCUGAAGCAGCUGGUCCAAAAAGGCACUUCUCGAGGGCUUGUAUCACAUUUACCAGCCCCAUGUGCAUGGCCCAGAUCUCAGCUGGCAGCAAACAAUUAGGCAACUUAAUCAAGUCCCUUUCCAAAGGGCUAAUUGAGAGGAGCAGCACCAACGACUGAUGUAAUAAGGGAACAUGCUUUAGCAUUACCAAGGGCUCAGUUAGGCACUAUCAGGAGCCCAUUUCCCCAUUUCCAUGCUGUUGCUUUUCUAUGCCGUGUCAUACAGACAGCCUGCACUCCUACAGCCUGCAGUUCGCUGCGCUCUGCCCAGCCCUUAGCCAGGGUUAGCGGGCUGCAUCCCCGGCCCUGCGGGGCAGCAGCAAGACCAGGCGAGAGCAGGCAUGAUUACAUCCCACAACAGAUUUUUCUGCCAGCAUCCGAACAGCCCCUUUCCAAAACAUUUUCCUAUUCAAAACAGAGCCACAAACUCAGACACCAUUCCUCCACCAGCCUCAUCAUUCACAUGAUGGAUUACCUGUGUUUUUCGGUUGCGCUUUGCAUUUUGUCCAGCAAAAGGCAAAAUGCAAGCUCUUUCCCCAACAGGCUGCAAUGCUUUUAAUAUUUUAAGCAUCCUAAGCCAGUUUGCUCCUGUCUCAAUCAGAUAGACUGGUAAUCAGUACUACCUAAACAUCAUCCACUUCAUGGUUGCUCAUGAAAGUGAUUGGUUCAGGAUUAUUCAGUCUUGACAGUUUGAAUGUGGGAAGAUUUCAGAGGAGGAGGAGUGAGAUUGUAAAUAUCUCUUUAAAAAACAUUGCUGCAUCACACACACAAAAACAGGGAGAUACUUUUAAAACUGCCUUAAAAAUCAAUUCCGAAUGAUGAAAUCUCCCUCCAAAUGAUCGCCACUUGGUAGACCUAGGGAUAAGGCUUAGGGAUAAGGCGCUUUGGGUGAAUUCUGGCAAGAAAUGGUUGGAAUCUAGUCCAGUUUCAGAGAUGAAAAUGUAAUUUGGGAGCUGAUCUCUCGCUCAGUCUGAAUUCACAUCAGCACGAAUGACUGAGCACAGCAGGAUCAAAAGUGUUUAAGGUAUGGGGGGGUAUCUGGUCUGUAUCUGUAUGGUUGGGGUCUGGCCUGGCAAGGUACUGCAUACCUGUGUUUCCCAGUGACUUCAGGGAAGAUGGGGAUCCUCAGCACCUCUUAAGUUCAGGCCCUGGAGCAUCAUUUCCUGCUCUGAUCAUCAGCUAUAAAUGUUGAUAAAUAUAAGUGUUUUGCCUUCAUUUGAAUUGCCCAGAGCUGUAAAAUGACCUCUCUCAAGUAUAAAUCAGUCCAGAUAUAAACCUCCUCUCCCACUCUUCCCUACACUCCCUGACCACUUUCCCCAGUCCUCCCUUGUACCUUCACCCAAGCCCUUCCCUGUCACAAUUCUUUACCUCCUUCCACAAUUUUAUAUCUAGUUUUCAUGAACCCACAGAAAUGCUUUUGUAAAUAAUGCUGUACAGUUUGUAACCGUCAUGUAAGCCUGUCAUCAGUGCCAGAGUCCGUCUUGCCCUCUCGCACGUUUUAAAAUCAACAGAGGAAAGUUAGAGCGAAUGGCCCGCAAGUGAGCUAUAGGGUCAUCUCUGUGUGGGACAAAUGUAUAUUCCUGUAAGAUUGCAUUUUUAUCUAAGGAAUGAUGUUAUUUUAAAAUUGCUAAUAAAUUUCUAAACAAUG